UCGUGCCCAAAACAAAAGCGACCGCGAAAGUGUGUGGAUGUCGGUCGCGUUCGUGUGUGCUUUUUUUUCUGCCGCUUCUCACCCAUCGGACACCGUUUGUAACGCGGUUCCGAAUUUCCAUUGUUAUCGGAGUGAGCUUUUAUAGUGCGUUUUUGCGUUUUUUGUUUGUUUAUGCAAUCACAAUCAAAUGGGCCUUGCUGUCCCAUUCGAAUCAGCUGCUUUUCCCGAAAAGUGUGGAGUAUGUUCGUAACCUGGAUACAUGAUGUUGUCGUGAUAGCGACGUUCUAGUAAUAUUUUGCUUUUUGGAAAAAAGAAUAUUCAUCCAUCGCAGUGUGUGUUUGUGUGUAUGUGAGAGUGUUGUCCACAUGUGAGGGAAAAUUGUAAGCUUCGUUUAAAAAAAGGCAACCCCCCCCGCACCCCAUCCAUUCGGAAAACGUGUGUGCUUGAAAUUGAAGGAAAUUUGGUGAACCAAACCGGAAGUGGAAACGAACGUGCAACAACAGCAGCCGCAGCAGUGUUUCAAGCAGAUGUUCAUGAUACCUUUCCGUAAAGUGUCCGUCAGCCUCAACAACAACCUUCAAUCCUACCAGAGCCAAAUUCAACCGUGGAAAAGCAUCGGAGCAUUGUUAAGUAAUAUAAAUUGCCGUGUGAAGCUUACAGUGUCAGAAGUUCUACAUUAAGUGCGGCGAAAGCCAAGCACUUUCCAGUAACGAAAACACUGCAACUACCUCGACCGAAACCGUAGUGUUGUGGUGGUGGAUCGUCAGCAGCAAAAUUAGAGAGUUCAGCUAGAAUCAAAUUUUUGUCCCGACCAUUCAAGGAAGUCACACAAACACGGCAACAUGCCGGACGAAGAUAAGGAAUCCUCUGUACGGGUGGCCGUCAGAAUUCGUCCACAGAUACCGCGUGAGCUAAUCGAUAUGUGCCGGGUGUGCACGCAGGUCACGCCUGGCGAGCCGCAGGUUUUGCUCGGAUCCGAUAAGGCCUUUACCUUCGACUAUGUGUUCGAUAUGAGUACGACGCAGGUAUCAGUGUACAAUAACUGCAUCGAAAAGUUGGUGGACGGAGCGCUACAAGGUUAUAAUGCCACAGUCUUAGCGUAUGGACAGACCGGAUCCGGCAAGACAUACACGAUGGGUACCGGAUUUGAACGGGCCCUGCCAGAAGCACAGGAAGGCAUCAUCCCGCGGGCGGUGCGACACCUGUUCGAAGGUAUUGCACAGCUACAGCAAAAUCCGUACGACGAGCACGGAACGUACCUUGGCACGGUGACGUUCAGCGUGGCCGCACAGUUUAUGGAGCUUUACAAUGAGGAAAUUAUAGAUUUGCUCGACCCGUACAAUAAAGGUGCACGUGUGUUUAAAAUUUUUGAAGAUGCAGCCGGUGGCAUUUCUGUAGCGGGUGCCACCAUCAAACCGUUGGCCGGACCACAGGAGGCGCUCAACUGCUUGCAGCAGGGCGCACUGGCCCGUACCACGGCUUCAACCCAGAUGAAUGAACAGUCUUCGCGAAGUCACGCACUGUUCACCAUUCUUAUCCGAAGGCAGCGUGUCAUGACGGCGGAGCAGUGCGGCAAUGCGGACGGGGACACGGAAACGCUUACCUCGAAGUUUCAUUUCGUCGAUCUGGCUGGCUCGGAACGACUGAAGCGUACGGGUGCGACGGGCGAGCGGGCUCGCGAAGGAAUCUCCAUCAACUGUGGGCUGUUGGCGUUGGGCAACGUCAUAUCGGCGCUAGGUGAUAAAACCAAGAAGGUGUCCCACGUACCGUACCGGGACUCGAAGUUGACUCGAUUGCUGCAGGAUUCGCUCGGAGGUAACAGUCAAACGAUCAUGAUUGCAUGCGUUUCGCCCAGUGAUAGAGACUUUAUGGAGACGCUCAACACGCUCAAGUACGCCAACCGAGCACGAAACAUUAAAAACAAAGUACAAAUCAACCAAGACCAGAGCUCGCGCACCAUAUCCUUACUGCGGCGUGAGAUUGCCAAUCUACAGCUCGAGAUUCUCGAAUACAAGCAGGGCAAGCGUAGCAUCGAUGCGGAUGGUAAUAUCGCGAUAUCGGAUGUGUCGCUGGAGAAUGAGAUGCUCUCGCAAGACAACAAGCGGCUACAGCAGCGUGUGAAGGCAAUGCAGGAGACAAUAAACGCGCUGACGGAAAAGAACGCCGCACUGCAGGCUCAGCAGACAAUUGCCUCGCUAAACGGCAAGUCGUCUGCUGCGGCCGGCGAUGGUGCGGACCCGUCGGCGAACGAUUCUAGUCUGAUCUCCACGGCCGGAGACAAUGAGUCGGCGAUGCAGGAACUGAUUGUGGGCUAUAUCAGUGAGAUAGAAAAGCUAAAGGCGAAGCUAAUCGAAUCGGAACAAAUGUUCCAGCAGUUUAAAAAGGCAAAGAACUCCCAGUCGAAGCUGGGCCUGAAACCGUAUCCGUUUAUCGAGGAUAAUCCGGAAACGAUGAUCAAUCUGCUGAAGCACGAGAUGGAGAAGGAGCGGGAAACGCUCAUGUCUCGCUCGCUACCGGGUCUGGAGAAUGAAUCGAGCAGUCUGGAGCAAAAUUCGGACAGCGAUUCCGACACCGAAUCCGACGAUAAGGCUGAAGUGCUGCGUGCCGAAAUGUUUGACGUAAACUCCGAUAUCGAGCUAAAGGUGCGCCUCAUCGAGCAGCUGGAAGAAUCUCAGCAGCGCCUGCAGAUAAUGCGCCAGCAGUACGAAAAGCAGUUCAAUCUGAUGAAGGAAAAGAUUUCCAACACCGAGCGGGAGCGAGACGAGGUGCUGGCCACCAUCGGCAACGGUGGAAUGGGUGCUAUGAACAGCAAGGGACAAAGUUCAAGCAACGAGUCGGCCAUCAAACGCGUGAAGGAUGAUUACGAGCGGAAGCUGAACGAGAUGCGCCGCCAGUUGAAUCACUUCCAGGCGACGAAUAAGGAGCAUCUGCGCCUGCAGCGUAACAUGCAGGUGCAGGAUGCGAAGAUCAAAACGCUGCGCGGCGAGCUGGCCGAGCUGAAGCAGGUGAAGACGCGCUUGAUGAAGAAAAUACAGGAAGAGAGCAACCGGCACAAGGAGAUGGAAAGCAAGAAGACGCGCGAAAUCGCCCAACUGCGGAAAGAAACGCGAAAGCACAAGAAUAUGAUAAAAUCCUUGCAGGCGCAGGGUGCGGCCAAGGAUCAGGUACUGAAGCGAAAGACUGAGGAGGUGUUCAAUCUUCGAAAAUCACAGCGCGGCGUGAUGAGCUUAAAGGCGGCGGGACGUGUUCAAAACACGGCUUCCAUUAGCAGCACACUGCAAAGCACGAAACGGUACAAGACGCGCUGGGAAGAGCUGCAGCGCACGAUAAUGCGGGCGGCCCGCUCGCGCCAAGCAAUACUGGAGCUGGAGAUCGAGUUGGAUCGCGUUAUGCAGGAGCGUGAUAUGCUCUGCCGGGAUCUGAACAAUCUGCGGCAGCGAACGAAGGAUAACGCCGACUCAUCGUUGCACGAUCUCGUGUCGGAGGAGGACACGCUGAUUGCAAACAUGAACUAUUUGCACGACACGAUCGCCGAGCUGCAAAAGUCCAUCAUCCAGAUAGAGGACGGGAAGGAUCUGAGUUCGGAGCAUGCGCUGCUGCACACGAUCAUGGAUAACAUUGGCACGGUGGAGGAGGCCAAGUUUAUGCUGCAACGCGUGUGCAGCGUUACGAUCGGCCAUGUGUGUGAGGCGGGUGUGGCCCAAUCUAAGCUGCGCGAACGGGAUGCGUUGCUGUCGGAGCUGCAACGCGACACAAGCGUGCAGGAGCAGCUGCUGCAAUACAUUUUGACCCGGGCACCGGCUACCUCGACCUCGGACGCUAGCUUCAGCUCGGCCCAGUCGGCCAACUCGUACGUUAGCCAGUCGCAGUCGAAUUUGUUGGAUAAUGGUGAACCGCAACCGUCCUCCUCCACGUCGCAGUAUCGUCUGCCGCAUGUCGUUGAUUCUACGACGCGAAGUCCUUCGCCGAGCAGCAGCAACACGAAUCUCGACUCUAUCGUCACCUACAGGAACUCUUCGAAACAAAGACGAAACCCAGCGGUGGUGCCCUCGGUGGCUGCCAUUCAGGAUUUGCUGUACGGCAGCAGCUCCAGCUACCUCGGCCCGGCGCCCGGUGACGGUGCGGCGGGCAUGCCGGAUAAGAAUACCGAUGCCACCGGCACCGGCACCGGGCCCGGCGCUAGUAGCAAUGGGGUGAGCGGCGGCGGCAGCAAGCUUGAGAAAGUGGGUAUUUGUAUUUAUCUCGAGGAUUCCGCAGAUGACGAUGACACGAAGCACCACCCGCCCUCUCUGCAGGACCGGCACGUCGGGUCGGACGCGAUGACCCGCUCGUACACGAUACUGGACGGGGCGAUGGAUCCGGUCGCGGCCGCCAAUGCCGGGUUGCCGAUUGCCCCACCGCUCCCCGUCGCGCCCGUUCCCGCCCGUACCUUUGUGCCGCUUUCGCGUGUUCCGAGUGCACCCGGUUCGCUGAAAGGUCUACAGCCACAUCAAGGAUUGUCACGACAGAACAGCACGGCGUCACCGCUUCUUGCCAGAAAAUCGUUUGAAGCCAGCGGAGCUCCACCGUCGCCAAGAAUCAGCCGAAGGACCUUCACCAGCAAAAUGUCUCCAGGAAUCGAGGAUACGAACGACGUGCCGACCUCGCCACCAGUCUACCGGCGUGGGGUGUCGCGCGAGGAUAAUGGGGACGUGUUUUCGCGCCUCGGAGCCGGAACGCAGGAUCCACAGCCGGGCGGAAACAUCAAGGAACUCAACGGCAGGUAUAAGGCUGGCUCUCCGCUUAUCUGCACGCAUGUCGUUGAAGGACACACAAAUUCGGUCCUGUCCAUCAAGGUGAGCAACCAGAUGCUCUUCACCGCGGCUGCCGAUCGGACGGUGAAGGUAUGGGAUUUGCGAACCAAUGCUACGCCCCACUGUCUCACCGGACACCUCGGGCCGGUGGCGGCUGUGGAGUAUGAUCGCGUGAACAAUCUGCUCUUUUCGGCCUCGGGAGCGUUUGUGAAGGUUUGGGACCUUCGGAGCAGUAACAUUCGUCCAAUAAUCACGCUGUGCUCCUCCGGCACAACGCUACCCGCCAACGCCAAUCUGUCCGACCUCGUGCCAGGCGAAUGCUCCAUUACCGCCCUUACGAUGGGAGCAUCCGGCAAGCUGUAUACGGCCGCUUCCGAUAAGGUUAGGUUCUGGGAUUUACGUCAAUUCUCUUGCCUCGGCCGACUGUCCGGUGGGCAUCAAGCGGCCGUUAUGUGUUUGACCGCCUGGGAGGGUCCGAACAGUACCGACCUGGUGGCGACCGGCUCGAAGGACCACUACGUGAAGGUGUUUGAGGUGAACUCGAGUGGAGGUGUGGUGCAGCCGCUGCUAAAUCUGGAACCACCGCACUACGACGGUGUGCAGGCGCUGGCCGUCGCGAACGAUGCGAUCGGUGUCGAUGCGGAACUGUUUUCCGGGAGUCGUGACUCCGGCAUCAAACGGUGGGAUCUGCGGAACGGAGAGCUUAAGCAAUCGCUCAACAACGCACACAAAGGCUGGGUGUCCGGGAUGGCGAUCUACGGCGAUAUACUGCUGUCUAGCUGCCGUGGUGGCGUUGUGCGCCUGUGGAACAUUAAGACUUGCGACAGUUUGGCCGAAAUGAAGACGGAACAGUCGAUCAAUGACAUCGUCACGAGCGAUAACCGUGUCUUUACCGCUUCCAAUUCUGGUGAGGUACGGAUCUGGCGAUUUGUAACCACCGAUUGGGAUUCGCUGAAUGCAUCUUCCUCUGGAGCAUCCGGUGCAGGACCAGUCGGCGCCAUUGGUAGUGCUGCUUGUGGUACUGUUACCGGUGCUGGUGGUGGUGGUGGUGGAGGCGGCGUCGUUGGUACUAAGGCAAAGCGUUAGCAAAACUAAUGCAGAACUACGAGAUCAUAUAUGUCGAUUUAAUGCAACAAAUCUGAAUAAUGUGUAAUGCCUAACUUUUAAAGCUUUUAACAUAACCCUUAAAGCCCUUAUGGCCGAGACUCUAGAGCACACGGACCGCACUAACUGUAGAAUCUGUAGGGCUAUUUCCAGUUCCUUAUGUGAUAGUUGUUGCUGAUAGGGGAAGUUAAUUGAAAACUGCGAUUAAUCUAGGUAAGGAGCAGGUGAGCAGCAAGCAGAACAAGCUUAACAUUAAACCAUGCCAGGGAUAUAGAGAAGACUAAUCAUGUAGAGACUGCUGUGCUUGUGUUUGUCUGUCUGUAUGUGUAAGCCAACUAAUUGACCAGAAAGGUGCGUCUAAUGUGUCGUAAAAGAAUUGCGGAUCUGGCCAGCAUGAUUCCUUAACUGGCAUGGCAUUAUCACUUAACAAUUUGCGUUACAAACGAUUCAAACAGGCAUAACAGAUGUAGCAUGCAUAUGAAGAGUCAAAUUUUAGAUAGAAUUUCGACGAGAUACGAACAGAAAGUCUGAGCGAUUGGAAAUGCCGAAGGCGAUAGAGGAGGAACGGUUCUCUUCCAUCCAUCCAGGUAGACUGAUUAGGUUUCUAGGAACAUUCGGGCUUAUUCUUUGUGUUGCAUCGUCGAUCGGUCGAUUUGGGCUGCUGAUAGUGAUAGUAUAGUAUGAUAAGUUGAACCGAAUUUACCCAACUUGUGCGGCGCACAGGUAACUGAUCCCCCAAAUUCACGUUUCUAUAUUUCAACCCCGGAAGGAUGUGGGCAAAAUUGUUCAUCUGGCUGAUGGUACUGGUGUGGACGUUACAGUUGGUAGUGUUCUUCUUCUGUCCCAUUAGCUGCUGCAAGUCGACAGCGUAGGGCAAAGGGCACACACAAUUUCUUCGGAUGGGGUUAAAGUCCCCAUCAAACGCUUGUAUGGCAAGAAGCACGGGCCUCCAGUGCGCCCGCUCAGAGGCUCAGCUGCUUGUGAUCUUGAUGAUCUUGGUGAUGAGCGAAGACAGUCGAUUGAUUUCGAUGGAAAGGUUCGCCUUUGGCGAGUAUCUUCCUCGAUUCGACGGCUAGGACCGAACGAAAGCAGCAUAUGACGCCAGCGCACGGAAGCGAUGCCCGAAUCUAAUGGCCGGGUGAUGUUCAACAGAGCAAGCAGUGGGCGUCAGACUCUUAUGACCCAAUCGGUCGAAAACUCCCGACCCUUUGGGAGCGGUGACGUAAGGGCCUCGGUACCGAUGACACGUAGCAGCUACAAUUACGCAUCCUCCUCAUCCUCGCCCGCAUCAGCCGCACCCAUGACACACGCUUCCGUGCCUCCUUUAGCUACAGGUAGACCAUUAGUGCCCAACGGUGCCGCGACUGGGCUGGCAUCGUCCAUGUCUAGCUCGUUGCGAAACAGCAAGCUAUAUCGCAGCCUCAACCACAACUAUCUCAGUAUUCUGAACCGCACAAAUCGAAGGUAGUUGUUCCUAUUAUCGGGACUGUUUUUUGGAUGGAUAGGUUAUUUACAUCAGAUCGAUCGCUAUCACUGUUUUGCUAUGCGUUCAUACAAUUUGCUUUCUAUUCGCUGCACCGUGCAUUAGGAGCGUGUGGAGUCCGCGAGUAGAAGCUACGGCAGCCUGCCCUUGCUCGAUGGUUCAUUUCUGUUGUGUACAUGAAUUUUCUAAACAUGACAUUAACUGAUAAUAGAUUAUUUUCUCCUAUCCGGAAGGUCAUAUCCAUGAGCACUAGGAUUUCAUAUUAAUCGAACCGCACAUCUCACACACUAUCAGAUCAUUAUUAUGUUCAUUUGUCCCAAAUACAGAUAAAGUUUAAUAUUGGUUGUGAUUUUAGUUCAUAGGAGAGAAUCGAUCUAGGCAUAACGCUUAUUUUCGGUUUUCAGCUCUUAGACUCCACCUAAUUAUUAUUAUUACUACUUAACCCGUACCCUAGCCAAGAUACCGCUAUCGUCAAACAUUAUAUACAGAUUAACCUAUCACAGGUAUUCGGUUUGAAGAGGCAUUAAUAUAUGAUUCGUUUAGAGGACAUAGAUGUUGUCUUAAUUUACCAGUAUUCAGCGUCUCAAGCGUAUACCCUUUAGUUUUUCUGCCCACCUUAAAUCAGUAUUUCGUUGUUGUUUGGCAGAGCGCAAAACAUUUAUGUGAGGGUAGACGGUAAAGACAUUCCAUUAGAGCGUUGCGUUAUUUCGGUUUAGCGACUCAUAUCAGUUCGGGAACAGUUCUAUCAGUUGAGUAUGAGAAACAUGCCGUAGAUGGAUGGAUUGAACGUGGUUUACAAAAGAAUACAGGUACAUUACUGGAGCGUAAAAGGUAUGUUUAGAGUUCGCAAACGUAGAGUGUGUGGUGUGAAACGAUAUUUAGCACCGUCUGGAUGGAUGUUAUGUAAAUGUGGUCGUUGUUGAGUGGGUGGUAUACGGAAGGAAAAUGUGUGCAAUGCUCGACCAGCACACAGUACGUACAGAUAGAUGCUACUUAGGAACGUUCGAAAUGAAUAAAUAAAAGAAAAUAUCUUACUAAUUUUGAAAAA